UGAGCAUAUGACUUGUGAUACUCAAACGUGCCAAAACAACAGCUCGUUUCCACUGUUGUCCGGCUCUUCUUUUUAGCUAGCUUCUGUUGGUUGUUGCGUGUAGUACAUUUUAAAAUGAGGCUGCAGUGUUUAUUCGCGGCUCUGUGCCUCGGCGUGGGUGUAAUGGCUGGGAAAUAUUCUCGAGAUGUGAAUGAGCCCAAGCCGAGCGGCAGUGAUGGGCAGACGACGGAGUUCAGGAUAGCUAAGCUGAACCAGGUUUGGGAGAAAGCUAAAAGGAUGCAGCUGUCUCCGGUCCGACAGGCCGAGCUGCACAGUGACCUUAAGAUUCAGGAGAAAGACGAGCUGCAGUGGAAAAAAGCGAAGGUGGAGGGGCUGGAUGAAAACGGGGAAAAAGAGGCCCAACUCAGACGCAACUUCAACGUGAUUCUGGCCAAGUAUGGGAUGGAUGGGAAAAGAGACACACGGACCCUGGAGAGCAACUCGCUGAAAGACCACGACAUCAAAGAGGGAGACAUAUUUGAUGACCCGAGACUGGACAAACUCUGGAACAAGGCCAAGACCUCUGGGAAGUUCUCCAAUGAGGAGCUGCUGAGCUUGAAGAGGGAGUUCCAGCACCACAAGGACAAGACCCACGAGUACAACAUCCUCGUGGACACUGUCAGCAGGACUGAAGAAAUACACAAGAACGUGAUCUCUCCCCUAGAGGGUGAUGCCAAGGAGCAUGUUCUGCAACAGAAGCACACAGAGCUGAAGCUGAAGAUGAGGGACCUCAACCAGGGCUUCGAGCGCCUCCGUAAGCUCAGCCACGAAGGCUUCACUGAAGACAGUGAGUUUCGGGAACCUCGCGUGAUUGAACUGUGGGAGGCUGCCAAGAGAGCCAACCUCAGCACAGACGAGCUGGACUCUCUCAAGGAGGAACUGCAUCACUUUGAGACCAAAGUGGAGAAGCACAGCCAUUACCAGGAGCAACUGGAGCUGUCUCAUCAGAAGCUGCAACACGUAGAAGCUUUAGGAGACAAAGAGCACAUCAAGAGGAACCAGGAAAAAUACAACUCGCUGUCAGAGAAAACCAGGGAGAUGGGCUACAAGAUGAAGAAACACUUGCAGGACUUGUACAACAAGAUCUCUCGUCAGGGACUCGCGCACAAUGAGCUCUGAGUGGUUGGGAUGACCAUCGUGGCGUCAGUAAAGGCCAAAUGAACUGAAGUAGAUUACUGUACCGAAACACACAACAUAUCCAUUCCCUUUCAACUACUAUAGAGGACGAAAUCAGUGUCUUCCAUGAAAGAUUUUUUACUUUUCUAGUGAGCAAAUUAAAGAAUUGUUGGUUGUUUGUACAUAGUAUGUGUUUGACAUGCACCAGUUACCGGACCGCCAUAGAGAUUGAUUAGUUUAGUGUGGUAUGCAGUAGCAAUUUUAUUUGUACAACUAAUGACAGGCAGGUGUAGACGAAAAAUCUAGUUGUAGUACAAGAAAACUGAAAAUGUGGCUUUGCUCAUUUGCUUUUGGUUUAUUGAGGAGGAGUGGAGGAGUGGAGGGAUGGAGGACAGUAGUUGACUCACUAUUGACCGUUGGCAGUUUGUCCACAUCAGUCUGUCAUUAGCUGUGCCAAUAAUAACUACUGCCUCACUGACUGAUACCACCGUAGUAACUCACAUCUCGGUAAUGUUACUUCAACUGUCUGAUCUAUUAAUAUGUAAUGAAGAGGAAGCACUGAAAGCCAAUGACCUGAAAAUGAAACGGCAACCUUUUAAUAUUCAGUAGGGUAGGGUACAGGUUCCAACGACAUACUGUACAUACAGUCACCUUUUAAAAAUAUAGUUUUGUGUAAUUCAUUCUACCUUGGCUUAAAUAAAAGCAGCUAAUAUUUACAAGUCCUGUAGAGGAAGGCAGUCACCUGCAGGGAAGUUAAUAGACGACUCAUCCUCAUGUCGUUGUUUAUCUCCUCAUCUCCUCAGAGACACCGGGGGGGUGGGCAAAACCAUAAAAAUACAUUUGCAUCAAACGUUGGACAAUUUGUCCUGAUAAUAUCAAGAGGGAGGUGAGAACUGGAAGCACACACUGUGCUUUUUCCAUUCAUCAGUGCCCUGCCUUCUCACAGACCAGACGCUGAGGCAUCGAUUGUUGUGAUGAAUAAUGUCACUUGCUGGCUGAUCAUUAAGUCACGUCCUGCUCAAGCCACACUGGCCGGGAUUAAUGUCAUCUGCACCCGGGGUAUCACUCUACACUGCUUGUUUUAAUCGAAUGCUUUUCUGCUCUCAUGUAGACUGAGGUAGCCAGGCAAGGUGGGGCUCUUAAUAGUGGACUGUGUGUCACUGAGAUGUCGUUCUGAGAUCAUGUUCUGCACCAGCCCUAAACAUUGGCACAUUUGGGAAAGAAAGCUGAGAAUAAAUAUGCCCAAAAUAAAUGUGAAAGACAUUCCAGCCCAUUACAUUAGAACAGCUGUUUAUAAAUCUCCUUUCUACCUACAUUUGUUUGAUGCUAUUCUCUUAUAAUUAAGGCCUCGAGUCAUCCUCAGAGAACAUUCCUCAGACUCCAACAGAUAUAAAUAAGUGCCAUGCAAACAAACUAGUAACAUUUCCGGGGUAAAUGUCAUCCAGACGCUAAAUGUUAACAUAUGAACAAGCACAUGAAAAAAAAAUACACUUAAACAGCUGCAAAAGAGGCCGCCCAGACAUCUUUCCUUCUUCUCAGUCUUAGUGGAAUGGAUUGCUUGCAGGAAUUUCUGUUCGCUGGCUACAAUGACUGGUGUGAUGACGGACAGCGUUUUAGCUUAUUCAGAGAUGUGGAGAGAGUCUGCAGUGAAAACUGUUCUGAAGUGUCGUGGAGCUGCGGUCAGUUGUGUGGCCCUCGCCGCCUGCUCUCCAGCUGAGUCAGUCUGUCCUCCCGGCCCUGAACGUGCUCCGCCCCCACUCUCUGAGCUGUUUCCAUGGCAGUCAUGUCGAGCUGGGCGUACCUGAUGGAGCCCUCUUCUGGACGGGAAAUAGAUGGUAAAGGUGGAGAUGAGACACGUCAUCUGUACAUCGCUGACAAACGUUUAAACAAGGUCAAAUUAACUGUCAAGAAGCAUCGUGAACCUGUGUCAAUAAACCCUACACUGGUUGGUCUUUCGUUGGUGGCUGUAAAAUAUUCAUCUGGUUCAAAAUCGUUUAGAAUAAUUCCACGAAUAAUUGUGUUUUUUUGUUUUAUUACAGUUGAACUGUUAUUGGGAUUAUGUCACUGUAUUAAAUUACACAUUUUAACAGUCCAAAUGUGUGUGAUUAUGUGAUAUAAAUCAAGCUCUAAACUAGCACGA